AUGCAAACAAUAGUGGGGGGUUCUCAGUCCCAAGAAGCCAAGGAUGUGCAUGGGAAGACUUGGAAGUUUAGACAUAUCUAUAGGGGAACGCUGAGAAGGCAUUUGUUGACCACUGGUUGGAGUAUCUUUGUGAAUCAAAAGAAGCUGGUUGCAGAGGAUUCAAUUGUAUUUUUGAGGGCAGAAAAUGGGGAUCUUUGCAUUCGAAUUCGAAGAGCAAAGCGCAGUGUUGGCUUUGGUGGGCAUAAGACCCAGUCUGGGUGGAACUCUAAUGGUGCUGGAAAUUUUUGGGGAUUUUCAGGAUACAUGAGAGAUAUUAGUCCAGCUCCUAAACCCCCAAAAGCAUGGAAAACAAAGUCUGGAAGCCCAAACUUUUCCUCGAUGAACUGA